AUGUCUGGAGAGACGCCAGAGGUUCCACAGCUUGAACUGGAAGCGGUCAUUGGAUUCAAUGGUCAUGUGUUUUCUGGUCUGAGAGUGCAUCCGGAUAGAGAGUACCUUAUUUACCCUCUGGGAUGCACAGUUAUACUUAAGAGUCUUAAGAAUGGCAAACAAGCAUUCCUUCACGGGCACACAAACAAUGUGUCUUGCAUUACCGUGUCCAAAAGUGGGCGCUACAUCGCAUCUGGGCAAGUCACCUACAUGGGGUUCAAGGCUGAUGUCAUAAUCUGGGAUUAUGCAAAGAGGGAGAUUUAUGCCCGACUUCAACUUCACAAAGCUAAAGUGGAGGCUCUCUCUUUUUCACCCAACGACAAGUACCUUGUAUCCCUGGGAGGUCAAGAUGAUUCAAGUAUUGUCGUGUGGAACAUUGAGAAAAAGGAAGCUAUUUGUGGAAGCCCUGCCUCGGCACUAAAUUCCGGCUAUUGCCUCACUGUAGAGUACUCCUGGAUGAGUGACAACAUCUUUGUUUCUGCUGGCAAUGGCACUCUACGGGUUUGGGAGCUCGAUCUUCCCAACAGGAAGAUCCGACCCACGGAAUGCCAAACAGGACCGUUGAAGCGGAUAGUGAAAUGCAUAGAGAUCUUAGAAGACGACAGUUUUUUCUAUUGUGGAACAACCAGUGGGGAUAUUAUGAAGGUUAACAUGAAGACAAGACUGCUCAACGUUUUCGGGCCAGUCAAACAGAAAUUCAGUAAGGGUGUGAACACUCUGAAAGUGCUGAAAACAGGAGAUUUAUUAGUUGGCUCCGGAGAUGGCAUGAUCACUUUGUGUUCGGGAGAUAAAUUCAAUUCUGUCAAGAAAGUCCAGCUGGAGGGAGGGGUCACGUCCGUGGCCCUGCGUGGGGAGGGACACCAGUUCUAUGUUGGGACGGACGUGGCACAGAUCUAUCGCUUUAGCUACACAGACUUCAAAGCAGAGCUCAUCUCCACCAAUCACAACAGCGCUGUGUCAGACGUGGCCUUUCCCUUUGCCACCUCAGAUCUCUUUGCCACCUGUUCUAAGGAUGACAUAAGAGUGUGGCACGCUGACACGUCGAAGGAGCUGCUACGCAUUAUGGUGCCCAACGUGACUUGCAAUGCUCUGGGCUUCAUGAGGGACGGCAGGAGCAUUUUCAGUGCUUGGAACGAUGGAAAAAUCCGUCUGUUCACCCCAGAGAGUGGAAGACUGAUACUGGUUAUUCAGAAUGCCCACAACAUGGGUGUGACUGCCAUUGCUGGCACCAGUGACUGCAAGAGAAUUGUCAGCGGAGGAGGAGAAGGACAGGUACGAGUGUGGGAAAUCGUUCGGAACUCUCACAGACUCAUUGAGACCAUGAAAGAGCACAAAGCCACAGUCAACGCUAUUAAAAUCAAGAGCAAUGACAAAGAAUGUGUCACCGCCAGCUCAGAUGGAACCUGCAUCAUCUGGGACCUGGUGCGUUUUGUGAGGAACCAAAUGGUCCUGGCCAACACUCUGUUCAGAUGCGUCUGCUACCACCCUGAGGAGUACCAGAUCAUUACUAGUGGCACAGACAGGAAGAUUGGCUACUGGGAGGUAUAUGAUGGUGCUGCUAUAAGAGAGCUGGAAGGUUCUCUUUCAGGUGCCAUAAAUGGAAUGCAUAUAUCUCUUGAUGGAAACUAUUUUGUGACUGGUGGGGACGAAAAGUUGAUCAAAGUGUGGAACUAUUCAGAUGGUGAAGUGACUCACGUGGGCAUUGGGCACAGUGGAAACAUCACUAGUGUGCAGAUCUGCUACAACGACAAACACAUCAUCAGCACCAGUGCAGAUGGCGGAGUGCUUCGGUGGAAAUAUCCACAUCCUUCCUAA